CACCACUUGCAUUCCACGUCCCCCGCAUCCACGCGCAUCGCACGUCUGUCCAAUGGCUGCCUGACAACUGGCUGCCCCCGAUCAUGCAACACACAUCACAACGAUAGCAUCACCGCCAGCACGACCGUUCUUUCGCAUAUCUUCCCCUUCGACACCCCUGCACCUCCGCACAUCGACACUCGACCACCGCCAGCACGUGAACAGUACCCCAAUUGCACGCCAUGGUCAAGUUCUACUCAUCCCAGGAGACCUAUUCGUACUCCUUCCCCGCCGUCACCCUCGCCUACUUCCUGCGCUACCCCAACCCCUACGCAACCCACGUUCUCUCCACCGACACCAUCGCCCGCUCCUAUGACCCGGCUACCCAGCGCCUCACAACCAUCCGUCUGCACCUCAAGCGCUCAAAGUUGCCUGCCGCCGUCCUUCGUCUGCUACCCAAGUCAUUCCUUGGCGCCUCAGCAAGCGGCGACACGCAGACGUACAUUCUCGAGAAGAGCGUCGUCGACGUAAGGGAGGGGUGGAUGGACACGGAAUCGCGCAACCUCGAAUGGACAGGCGUCCUCUCCGUCGUGGAGCGGCAAUACUUCAAACGCCCCGAGAUCCGCGACGAUGCAAAAGUCUUCCAAGGCAUGGAAGGCGCAGCACGCCGGCACGGCUUCCUCUCCUUCGGCAAAGACGGCAGAGGUGUGAAAGUCGAGGACAACGGCGAGACCACCGAAGUCACAUCCUCGGUCACACUCCACUCCCACAUCGGCGAGACGUGGAAGCGGAAGCGCGAGGCUGCGAACGAGGCCGCGUCAUGUGCUUCUGACGAGGAGGCACCGAAGAUGGGCUUUCUGAGAAGCUGGGGCACCGCAGCGCUGCAGCGCCAGAUUGAGAAAAUCGGCUUGACGCGUGCGCAGCGCAGCCAGCCCAAUGCAAAGGAGGGCAUGAAGGUCGUACUCGAGCGCAUGCGAGAAGGUGGGCUUGUCGGCGUGCUGGAGGGCAUGCGUCAGGACCGCGAGGCCAUUCUUGCAGGGCGCUCAUUACUCGCACCACUCGCGAAAGGGCCGAACGACUCGGACGAGUGAGUGCGGAGUGUUUGAGGAACGACGGUGUUUUGGCAUGUGUGUAGGAUGACGUGUUUUUGCUUUCUGGUUGGCCAACAUUUAGCGACGGCGUACUGGUUUCUCUCCCUCUUCUUUCGUCCAUCCACUCGUUUCUGGGCUGGGUCGGAUUCUGUUCUACUACCACAAUCACCACCGUCACGCAAUUUGUGCCGUGUCAAGGACCACUUGAAGCCGUCUCGCAGUUGGGGUUCCUUCUGUAACAUAUACACCGGCGCAGUUACUGGUUCGAAAACGAAAUGUACAGUACCAUAAAGCAAAGUCAGCAUUCAUGAGAACCGAAGUGGUAUUACUGCAAGUGUGCCUGUGUGCGAAGCUGGGUAUCAUCUGUCCGAGUCUCCUCACCAUCAAAAGGAGGGAGCAUAGUGUGUACAGGGCGUCAAG